AUGAAAAGAAACUUUGACAUCAAAUAAUUGAUGAAGCAAACCAAGAUAUAUGUCCCUAGGAAUAUCGAUCCUUAGCUGAUGAUGGCCUAAAGAGAUAGAUAAAGCUUAGAAAAUGUUAAGAGCUACAAGCAUAGAUAAAAAAUGCAAUUCUUGCAUAGACCUAACAGUCAAGGUUCCAUAAUAACUGAAUCAUAAGAAAUUAAAUUGCUUAAUCCUAUUCAACCCAAAACUCAAACUAACUUUCAUAAGUCUGAGAGGAUUUUCACAAAUGACAUGCAUUAAAAGACUUCUACUAUCGUAAAUAUGAGAACGUAGGGUUAAUCUUAAUAAUCUGGCAGGUAGUAAAGUGUAUUUACCAAAAAUAGACAGUAACUUAUUUCAUAACUUAAAAAGGGAUAUGCUUUAUCAUAGAGAGCACCAAAACCAAAUUAAAGGAAGAACAGUAUUUUUUCUGAUAAGCCUUAAGUCAUAUCAUAAUAGCUAAUAAAGCCUUAAACUACUAUUCAAAGCAAUAAUUUAGAUGAUAGACCUGUAAGUCCAUCUGCUGCUUCUAGUCAUAGAUUAAAUAGCUAUGAAUUAAGAGAACCUAAAUUUUAUGGGAAAAACGGCAACGAGUUAUAGAGCAUUCAACAGAGGCAAUUUUAGCUCAAUCUUGAUGAUUAGUAGCCUAAAGGGGUUAUGAAAGUCUCAGUUGAGGAGAGAAUCAAGCUGUCAGCGAUAAACCAUAGAAAUAAACUAGAUUUAAAAUCUUCCCCCAAAAAUGCACAAACAUCUCCAAUGAGUGGUACAAAUAAGAAUAAAUCUCGAUAGAACAAUAAAUUAGGCUCUAAAACAUUUUCACCUGAUACUGAUAUAAUACUUUUACAGAGAGGAGCUUCUUAACUUUCUCUAAACAGCUAAUAAUCUUAAAAAGAACAAGAGAGUAUUGAAAAGUUUAUUAAAGAAAAUUCUUAAUUUAUUGACAAGGAUCCUAGAGCUACAUUAGAAGAAUAUCUUGCUAAAUAUAGGGAUAUUAAUGAUGAUAGUUAAAUGAAAAAUCCAAAAAAUAUGAGAGCAUUUCUAAGUAGUUACGUUGGGAAUGAAGUCACUGAAGAAAAACUUGAUUACUUUAUCUAAUUUUUAGCAAAAAAUGACCUUCCCCCAUUUCUCUCAGGCUAUACAAUAAAGGAUUUUCUACUUCUUAUCAUUGAAAAUAGAAUAGAUCAAGUUGUAUUUGAUUCAGAAAUGAACGCAUUUGCUUAGAAUUAGAAUAAAAUGCUGUCCUAAAUGACAUCUUAGACAAGUUUAGUAUUAAAUAGUGAUUUAAGGACAUUUUAUAAGAAAAAAAAAGAGUCAGAAUCAAUGAAAAGUUUAUAAGAUAGGAUUGACUCAUAUAGAAAGCAAAUUAAUGAGAAUUUUUAUAAGUACAAUUUCAAGAGCUCAACAGAGGAAAAAGAGAAAAUUCAGAGAUUAAAGACCGAAAUGAAAAUGGAUAAAUAGAUUUAUAAAAAUGAGAGUGAAAUUAUUGAGGAAGCAGCAAGAAAGUUUGGAAUUUUAAGAAAGAAUAAUGGUAAUUUGUUGGUUUUAAGCCCAACCGCUAAAAAUAACUAGAAAGGUUUACUAAACAAAAAGGCUUUACUCUUUAAUUCUGAGAGACCAUAAAAAGUAAUUGAAAAUGCAGUCAAAAUUGAAACUUUAAUGAUGAGGAGAAUUGAAGAAAAACAGAAAGCCGAAAAAGAUAUCGAAGAGUUGAACAGCGAAAACUUUUCUAACAAGUGGAAUUCAAGAAAAUUCUAUUGGAACAAUAAUCCACAGAUGAAAAGAUCAAUGAGUCAUUUAUAAUUAUUCAAAAAUAACGCUAUUGGAUAAAAUAUUAGAAAAGUUGACUGA